CAAACUGUCAUUAACAGAUGUAAAUAUCACUUAUUUGUAAGAUGCACAUGUGGACAGCAAAACAAAAAGUUCAUUGAAACAAUAGAAGAUUUUAUUGUAUAUAAGGAAGACAUUCGUUUCUACACUGUGAGGAAAAAGACACCAAACCUGGAAUUGCAGCAUCAGGACCUGGCUAACCUUGUAGAUGGAUUAGACCACAAAAUUUCAGCUCUCUCAUGUUCCAAGGAUUCCAAUGAGCAUGUAAUACAAUCACAAAAAGCUGAAAUAAAGGAACUACAACGUCUGCUGAAAGAAAAGGAGCAUAUGCUGAGAGCCAAGGAGGAGGAGAUAAAAAGUUUAAAGUCAAAUCAAAAUCACACAAAGCUCUCUGCCCUGCACAAACAGCUUGAGCAUGCAGCAGAGAAAGAAAAAAAGCUUCAAAGAAUUGUUGGUGAAAUGAAAAAAAAUCUUGAAGAAAAAAAUAAAGAGAUAAAAGAACUGAGAAAAGAAAAUCAAGCAUUGAAAUCUCAAAAUGAAAAUAAAAAAAGCACAAAACCACCAUCCAUGACUGGACGAAUGCAGAAGCGUACUAAUUCAGUUGAAUUAAUCCCACUGAUCUCAGCAGAAACAUUGAGCAGUGAAGCACCUCAAGCCAGUGAAGUCCACAGAGCUGUGCAGUUUCUGAAGAAAAACCGCAAAGAACUCAUUGAAAGAAUUGUGGCAGUGAAGCCCAUUGCUGAUGAACUGUUUCUGUUUAUCAACCAAUAUAAAUAUGAGAAGAUUCUACAGGCUCCAUCUGAGUAUGAGCAAAGGAGACAGCUCUACGACAUAAUGGAUAAAGGUGGAAAGAAAUUGCAAUUUGAGUUUUACAAAUGCCUGUUAAAACAUGAGAAAUAUCUUGUUGAAGACUUAGAGGAGUCACCAUAAAAUACAAAGUACUGGUAAGACUAAAGAAUGUGAAGGUCCAGUUUCCAAAAUAGACAUAAUUUCUUUUCUGGGGGAAAAAAUUACACAUGAGAUGAACAACUGCCAGUCCAUCACUGGACACCUUGCACACAUGCAUUCACACGAAAAGGCAAUACAGUGCAGCUAAUCCGUGUACCUGCCUGUUUUUGGACAAUGGGAGGAAACCCCUGCGAAUAUGGGGAGAACAUGCCAAACUCUGCACAUACAAUAACUCAGUCAAGAUACAUUCAAGAUCAGUGUUGGGUAAAUUACUCUAAAAAGUAAUCCACUACAGAUUACUAAUGACUACUUCAAAAUUGUAAUCUUAUUACAAUACUGAUUACUAAGUACUUUACUCUCACGUUACUUUCAAAACCUACAUACCUACAAAAAUACACUACAAAUUGAAACUCAGUUCUUUCAGCACUUUUAGCGCCUAUCAAUGUAUGACACGAUCAGAAAAAGUUGGAUUUAUCAUAAAAGUUGCCUCAGGUGUUGUCACUAUUUGUAGGAAUACCAGACCGAUAAAAUAUAAAGCUUUUCUAACUUAUCUAGUUUGGUAUUGCUAAGCUAAGCUAUCACUGUAUGGGUGUAAGCUAUCACUGUAAGCUAUAGCUAAGCUAACACUGUAUGGGUUUAGCUGCUACAGUGCUAUGAAAAGUACAUUAUCCUUCCUUAUGCUCUGCUCAUAUCAUUUUCCCAUGAACUGGAACUCAUAUAGACAUUUACACACCUUGUUUUCCUGAUCAGUAUCAGAGGAUGUUACUGUUUCAAUUUCAACCCCUUUACUGGUUAAAAAAAUCAGCGUAUAUCCAUUUUUCCUCAGACUGACUGUAAAUUAGCGCUUGGCAGAAUUGAGAGUUGUCAGCUAAUAAGACACAAUAAUUUCUAUGUAUUUUCCUGUAAACCGUGUGUGGGCCAUACCAGCAAAAGCCUUCAUCGAGCCUGUAAUCAGUCACACCAUUGAAAUUAGAUCAUGGCAGAUUUUGAAGGACUCAGACUCUUUGUCUGAACACCUAACCAGUCUGUCUAUCUCUGUGUUUGAAAAGUCACAGUAAAACGUUAUACCCCUCACUUUCUUUGAAUUUCUACCUGGUCACCAAACUCAGUAAAUUCCUGUCAAUUUCAUAGUAACAUUAAUACAUCAUAUGCUGAAGAGAACAUUUAUUUAUUUGUUCACUUUUUCUAGCAUUUUUCUAACGCCCAAGAAAAAUAAGAAGAAUACUGUGGGAAGAGACAUAGAACUCAUGUAAUGAGGAGUUGUGGUACAGUUGGGGUUGUGGUUUGCUGAAAACAUGGCAUAUCUCAGUUAUGUGUUUUUCUGACCCUGAAAGUAAGCCCAUUUACCUUCCAUGAUAUCAUCUCAAGUGAGGAGCACUAUUAUGUCCAGCACCCCUGAAUGACAGUUUGAAUUAAUCACAAUAUAUCAUAUUUUUAAGUUGUGGAAAUUGAAAAGAAACUCAAUAAGUCUAGGCAAUGCCAUAUGAUCCAACAUUAAAUAUACAAAAGUGACGCUAUGAAUUAAUUAAUAGGUUUGUCCCUUUAAAGUCCACAAAAACUACAUAGGAGGUGACGGCAUUGGAGACAUAGCUUAUCUUAGUGACUGUAUUUUUUUUAUUUUUUUGAUGGAUAAAACUGAAAACAAAACUUUUAUUUGUGUGUAAGCAGAUGAGUGUCUGUCCUUUAAACUGUGGUCAUGUAAACUGUAUUAAAAUUCCACAACUCAAAAUAUUGAAUAAAAAUAUGCAACAUAAUAGAAUGUGAAUAUUGUAAGCCAUUUUUUAUUGUCAUGUAUCACUCUGCGAUAUCUACAAGAAAGCUAAUAAAAUAAUUUCAACUCAAAUGAAGGUUUCAUGUCUAUUUAUUUGACAAGUAAUCUUGUACUGUGGUGUGAUAAUGAGCAGUGAGAAUACGCAUUAUUUCUCACUAUGAACAUGACUGAAAUAAAAUAUUUUCAUUUACCUGUAUCUUUUCUUGGGUAGCUGUGUGGUAUGGUGUGAUCAGUGGUGGGAAUGGCCGAGAUACACUGUGGGGACUCUAGCUGGGGAGUUUUUUGUUGUUGUGGUUAAUAAACAUGCAGACUGAUAUAACUGUGGCUAUAAUACUUAGCAAUCUAUGAUGUUGAAAAUAAAUUGAGAUGAAUAAGGUGCUCAAAAUAGAUUAAACAUGGAUCAUUUCAGGUAUGUGCAUGUAGCUUUACCCAAAUCAAAGUUUCUACCACUGCAGCUGUUGAAGUAACUGUUUCUGUUAAGAUUUCCUACUCUGUUAAGACGCUGUAAACUUACCUCGGGUUGUGUGAUUGGUCCUGUAAGGACGCGCACUGAUAGAAAAUCACUCACGCUGGCUGCAGCCUGUAGCUAUUAUGGCCAAUCACGAAAGUCAGCAUUGCGCAACCACACGCAGAACGUCCCAAGUGUGCCGCACAAGUCCUGGAAAGUGAAACCAAAACGUUUCGAUCGCCCCAAGGUGACUGGAUGCAGUAGCCUAUAGGUCAUAAACCCCGCCCUCUCCAUGUAAA